AUGUUUGAAAGUGCCAAAAGCAUGAACAAUUUAAUUGAUUAACUAGCAGAUUUGUGGCAGAAGUAAUUGAUCUAAAAAUUUGAUUAAAUGCAUACUGAAACAACAAAUAUGAUUCAAGCAGUUCAAGAUGGAGUGGAGUAUUAUCAGAAAGCUACAAAGAAGUUAUCGAAUCUAAAAAAUGAUUUGACUAAUCAAAAGGAGAACAUUCAGAGCAUGACAAAGUUAUGA